GGUUUUUAAAAAGACCCGUGCCUGAGCCGGACACUGACCCUGCGAAUCAGGAUGUUAGGUGACCAGUGUGCAGCCAGCAUUGAGAACCCCUGAACUCGACCAGACAAAGGACACGGUGGCAGCUGCAACAGCCUCGGGGACCUCAGCAACUAUGGCCUCCUGCCCAGACUCGGACAAUAGCUGGGUGCUCGCUGGCUCAGAGAGCCUGUCUGUGGAGACCCUGGGCCCAGAACCCAGGAUGGACCCAGAACCAGAGAGAGCUCCCCAGGCCCCUCCGAGCCCCUCCAAGGCAGAUGUUGGAGAAUUAGCUGGGACCUUGGAUGGAGAAGAGACCCUUUUCCAGAGUGAAAGCUUCCCGUCUGGUCCCACUCUGCCGGAAGAGACUGAGGGCAAGGGCAUCCUGGAAGACGAUGGUCUUGGUAUGGAGUCCCCUGGCCCAAGAGACACAGUGGCCCAGGGAGACUUGGAGGAGACCCUUGUGGUGGCAGACCUGGGACCGGACACUCAGGACCUGAAUGAUCAGAGCCCACCCCAGAGCCUGCCCUCAUCCCCCAAAGCAGCUUGGAUCAGGGAGGAGGCCCACUGCACUAGCAGUGGGGAUGACACCGACGUGGACGUGGAGGGUCUGCGGAGGCGGCGGGGCCGGGAGCCCAGCGCCCCUCAGCCUGCAGUGCCCCUGGGUGUGGAGCACCAGGCCGCAGGCGAGGGGGUGGGCUGGGAGCUGGGCAUCUCCCUCAACAUGUGUCUGCUCGGGGCCCUGGUUCUGCUGGGCCUGGGGGUCCUCCUUGUCUCCGGGCCCGUGGAGGAAGUGGAACUGCAGGUCUUUCCAGAUGCUGGGGAUGGGCUAAGGCAGCAGCUGCAGGCCUCAGAGCUCCCGGACGGUGUCCCCAGCUUGCAGAAUAUGGCUCUUCUGCUGGACAAGCUGGCCAAGGAGAACCAGGAUAUCCGGCUGCUGCAGGCCCAGCUGCAGGCCCAGAAGGAAGAGCUUCAGAGCCUGAUGCACCAGCCCAAAGGACUAGAGGAGGAGAAUGCCCAGCUCCGUGGGGCCCUGCAGCAGCGCGAGGCCUCCCAGCGGGCCCUGGAGUCAGAGCUGCAGCAUCUGCGGGCCCGGCUUCAGGGGCUGGAGGCUGACUGUGCCCGGGACACAGACGGGGUGUGCCUCAACUGGGGCAGAGGCCCGCAGGGUGGCAAGAUCACCAAGGGGCAAGACCCCAGUGGGCAGGAGCCAGGCACUGGCUUCCUGGAGCAGAAGGAACGGCUAGAGACUGAGGCCCAGGCAUUAAGGCAAGAGCUGGAGAGGCAGCGGCGGCUGCUGGGGUCUGUGCGGCAGGAUCUGGAGCACAGCUUGAGGGACGCAGGCCGAGGAGACCCAGCUCGUGCUGGCCUGGCUGAGCUGGGCCACAGGCUGGCCCAGAAGCUGCAGGGCCUGGAGAACUGGGGCCAGCACCCUGGGGUCCCUGCCAAUGCCUCAGAGGCCUGGCAGCAGGAGCCUCCCUUUCAGAGUCCCAGAGAACGGAGUGGAAAGGAAAAGUGGCGGGAUGGGCCGGGGAACCGGAAGGCUGAGUACUGGAAGCACAAAAAGGAGGAAUCUGGCUGGGAAAGGAAGAGGAGCUGGGCGGGUGAGGAGGAUAGGAAGGAGGGCAAGCCGAAGGUGGAGGAAUGGGGCAGCAAGAAGGAUGGUAAGCGACAGGGCCCCAAGGAUGCCCGCAGAAAAAGUGGGAGCCCCCACUCCUUUGGAGAAAGGCAGAAGCACCCUCAGUGGAAGGAAGGGGCUAAAGACAGGCGUGAUCCCCUGCCACUGUGGGCAGAGCUGUCAAGACACAAGUACCGGGUACCCCAGGGCUGCUCGGGCGUGCACGAGUGUGCCCGGCAGGAGGGCCUGGCCUUGUUUGGCAUGGAGCUGGCCCCAGUGCGACAACAGGAGCUGGCCUCUCUGCUGAGGACGUACCUGGCACGGCUGCCCUGGGCCAGGCAGCUGACCGAGGAGCUACCCCUCUCCCCUGCUUACUUUGGUGAGGAUGGAGUCUUCCGCCACGACCGCCUCCGCUUCCGGGACUUUGUGGAUGCCUUGGAAGACAGCCUGGAGGAGGUGGCGGUGCUGCAGACCGGUGAUGACGAUGAGGUGGAUGACUUUGAGGAGUUCAUCUUCAGCCACUUGUUUGGGGACAAAGCGCUGAGGAAGAGGUCUCAGAAGAAGGACAAACACUUUCGGAGUCCCCGAGUGGUGGGGCCCAGGGAGGAGCACAGCCACCACCUCAGGGGCUGAGGCCGGCUGUUAUCUAACCCCUGGGGACUGUUACACUGCCAUCUCUCCUGGCCUGGUUGGUGUCCUUGGAUGUCCUUCACAGGAGAGUGAAAUUACCCAGCUCUGCACUGUCACUUUGGCUAGAAAAAGGCCUUAGCUGAGCCUGCCCCGUGCUGUCUAUGCAAAUAUAUGCAAAUGCUCAGGGCCCUAGGCCUCGACCCCUGGCAGUCUGAUUGUGUCGCUCCAAUGGGAAAGGGGAUGGGGGAGGAGCCUGGGGCUUUUUGGGGGGUGAGCAGGGGUGGGGGGGAUGACAGUGUGAUUCUGAAGCCAAAGAGCUUUCCUCCUGUGUGUGCUGCCCCAGUGUGGGUCCUGGAAGCCACGCCACCCGUGCCCCUGGGGUGCCCCCUGGGGUUUGAGAGUUGCUGGCUGGAGGCCCAGCAUGAGGUCUUUCCCUGGGGUUUUGUUAGAUUUGGAAGCAGCUGUCCCCAGGGGGUGAAGUCCCCUUUUUACCCCAGCUUCUCACGUGGCCUCACCUCCCCGUUUGAACUGUAGACUCGGAUCCCAAUAAAAUGCUGUUGUUGGAGCUGUGACAUUGGA